AUGGUUAACAUUAAUAAAUCGACGCUCGAAAUGUACAUAAAUACCAGUAGCGGCGGCGGUAAUUCAUAUCGAAAUAAAAUCAAGAAAAUGAAUACAUCAAUUAGCGAAAUUGUUAACGAAAUUAUUACGGUAAAUUUCAAUGAUAGUAAUAAACCUAGCAUUACUACUCGUCCAGCUGUCUUUAUUGGUUCAAGUAAUCCGGUUAACCCGAAACAAAUGAUUACACACAGUGAUACCAGUCUAAUGUUUAGACCUCCUUUCCCACCAGCACUGGAAGCCGACAAUAUUUUCGGCAAAAUAUCAGAUGGAACUAAUCCUACCAAGCCAUCCAAUGCAUUCUUCCUUUAUCGAAGGGCAUUUGUAAAGUCUGCUCUAGCUAAUGGAUAUAAACUCCCGAUGACUGUUAUUUCUUCGAUGGCCUCGCAAGCCUGGGGACAGGAAUUGCCUUUCGUCAAGGAUGAAUACAGGAGGAUUGCCAAAGAAGCAAAGAAAAAUCAUGAUUUAUUGUUUCCAAAAACACAUAAAAUAAACGAACCCAAAAGAUGGCGUGUAUAUCCAAUUAAGCCAAAAAAUUAA